AGCCGGAGUAAGGUUAUUCUGACAACAGUACAGAUUCGGCAGUUAAAGAAAAAAUACCGAUAAAACCCAGUCAGAAAUAUAAAUCGAGUUCUCUUCGUUUGUUUUUGUAUGGAAUGUAUUCGUGAUUGUUACUGCUACACGCGGUGGGAAGUUGCUGCCUACAGCCACGCAGGGGGCGCUGGAGGUCCUUGAACAGUCUGUGGUGUAGCAGAGGGGGAAGUGGUUUCGCAGGCGGACUCGCCGGCCCAGACUCGCACUUCAGCGGCUGGAGGCUCUGUCUGCAGUGGCAGCCUCUCUCUCCUCUGCAGGCUACACGGCCGAACGGCUCUCUGAGCCAGGAGAAACACGCCCUGGACAUGGACUGAACACUCCGGUCUCCUGAGUGCAGCUCGGGCGGACGACUCGGAGGGGGCAGCUGGGCAGAGCGAGGGCCGUGGGCUGUUAUGGGCGUGAGAGCUUUCCCGAGGUGAAGCACAGCUGCUCUUCCAGGAACUUCACGAUGGUCCCGCUCCUGUUUUUCACAACGACCGCCUCCUACAAUUCAACGGCGAACGGGCCGAACGGAGACUCUAGCUCCUCCAACCCACAUGUCCUCCCCUCUGUGGUGGUGAUAUCCCUGCUUCUUAUCAUCAUUAUCCUCCUGGCUGUCUACUUCCUCAGGUUCAGGAACCAUGGCAAGGCAGAUGUCACUACAGGUGACAAGAAGCUCCCGAAUGGCUUUUUGGAAGAGCAAGUCUCUGCUAGCAAAGACCGUCCUCGAUGCCUGCCAAGGUGCCUGCGUUCAGAACAGCAGACCGUGGUUCUGCUCCCCAAAUCCCCCUCUGUGUCCAAGUACCUCCCCAUCCCUGUGGACCGGCUAGAGAGAGAAUACAGAAUGCGCUCCGCGGACGAAGGCAAGCUCUUCCGCGAGGAGUUCAACUCUUUGCCCAGUGGCUCCACUCAGGGAACCUGCGAAGAGGCCAACAGAGAGGAGAACAAAGAGAAGAACAGAUACCCCAACAUCCUUCCGUAUGACAGCUCCAGGGUUGUGUUAAUGCAGAUCGAUGGGGUUAAGGGCUCAGACUACAUAAACGCCUCAUACAUUGAUGGCUACAGUGAAAAGAACAAAUUCAUUGCAGCACAAGGUCCAAAGCAGGACACGGUGGCAGACUUCUGGAGGAUGAUAUGGGAGCAGAAAUGUGCGACUGUCGUGAUGCUGACAAACGUGAAAGAGAGAAAAGAGGACAAAUGCUACCAGUACUGGCCUGAUCAAGGCUGCUGGACAUAUGGCAAUGUGAGGGUUCUGGUGGAGGACUUCACCGUGCUGGUGGACUACACCAUACGAAAGUUUACCGUGCAAUAUCAGGGCGGCGAAGGCUUCAAACCCCCCAGGCUGGUCACCCAGCUGCACUUCACCAGCUGGCCCGACUUCGGCGUGCCCUUCUCCCCCAUCGGCAUGCUCAAGUUCCUCAAGAAAGUGAAGACUGUCAACCCGUCCUACGCGGGCCCUAUUGUGGUUCACUGCAGUGCGGGUGUUGGUCGAACGGGUACUUUCAUCGUUAUCGAUGCCAUGAUAGACAUGAUGCACGUGGAGCAGAAGAUUGACGUCUUCGGCUUCAUCUCCAGGAUACGAGACCAGCGUUCACAGCUCGUCCAGACCGAUAUGCAGUACUCAUUCAUCUACCAAGCCCUACUGGAAUACUACCUCUAUGGAGACACGGAGCUGGACGUCUCCUCGCUGGAGGGCCAUCUGCAGAAGCUGCACAAUACGUGCGCUCCGCUCGACCGCGUAGGGCUGGAGGAGGAGUUCAAAAAACUGACCAACGUGCGGAUUAUGAAGGAGAACAUGAGAAUGGGGAACCUUCCAGCCAACAUGAAGAAGAACCGUGUUCUGCAGAUUAUACCAUAUGACUUCAACAGAGUUAUUCUCUCUAUGAAAAGAGGCCAAGAAUUCACAGAUUACAUUAAUGCAUCCUUCAUAGAUGGCUAUCGGCAGAAGGACUACUUCAUCGCCACUCAGGGCCCCCUGUCCCAAACGGUGGAUGACUUCUGGAGGAUGGUGUGGGAGUGGAGGUGUCACUCUAUUGUGAUGCUGACAGAGCUACAGGAGAGAGAGCAGGACAAGUGUUUCCAGUACUGGCCAACAGAGGGCUCUGUAACAUAUGGAGAUUACUGUGUAGAAAUGAAGGGGGACACGCUGUGUGACACCUUUAGCCUGCGGGAUUUGGUGCUUACAUACCUGCCGGAAAAGCAGACGCGAUUGGUCCGGCACUUUCACUUCCACGGCUGGCCCGAGAUCGGCAUCCCGGCCGAGGGGAAGGGCAUGAUCGACAUCAUCGCCUCGGUGCAGAAACAGCAGCAGCAGUCCGGGAACCACCCCAUCGUGGUGCACUGCAGUGCUGGUGCUGGUAGGACUGGUACAUUCAUAGCCCUGAGUAACAUCCUGGAGCGGGUGAAGGCCGAGGGUCUACUGGACGUUUUCCAAACUGUGAAGAGCUUACGCAUGCAGAGGCCACACAUGGUACAGACCGUGGAACAGUACGACUUCUGCUAUAGAGUGGUACAAGACUUUGUUGACAUUUUCUCUGACUACGCCAAUUUCAAAUGAAGAAAUCUGCCUUAAUGCAUUUUUUAGGGGUCAUUAUUUGGAUAAUGCCAUUUGGUCAGGACAUU